GGACUCUUUCGCUCGCUCUGUAACUGUAUUAAUGGGGCUGGGAGCAGCUGAUCAAAGUUUGUCUUUCAGUCUGGAUUAAGAUGUCAGAGCGGCUCCAUGCAGGACGACAACGCAACCCUCCUUCUCCUCACCCCCCGACCCAGAUAUUCUGUCUGCUGCUCAGCCUCUUAAUAGCACCGCCAUCCGGGUCUCGAGGAGAAAUUGCUGAAAGUAAACUGGAAUCCCCUAGGCAGUGGAUUCAAAGAAAACAACUAGAACACUAUGGCAUAACCGUCCCUUACCUUUUGAGUGGUAAACAGUGGAAACCAAUAAAGAAUCUUUAUGCACAGACUCACCCAGCAAUGCUGAAAUUUCUUAUACAAGCUGAAAGUGAACAACUUGUCAUUAGUCUGGAGAGAAAUGAGUAA